AUGUACUUUAGAAGAACGAUGAGUAGAGUACCAACUUUGGCAUCGCUCGAAGUACGAUAUAAAAAAACUUUUGGUCACAAACUUCGUGAUUUUAUUGCCCUAUGUGGUCACUAUUUCGCUCCAGUUAAGAAAUACGUUUUCCCAAGUUUCAUCGCGGUUCACUAUUUCUAUACGAUAUCCCUCACACUAAUAACUUCCAUCUUGUUAUAUCCCAUCAAAAACACAAGGUACAUUGACACGUUGUUUUUAGCAGCAGGUGCAGUUACCCAAGGUGGUCUGAAUACUGUGGAUAUCAAUAAUUUAAGCCUGUAUCAACAAAUUGUUUUAUACAUCGUAUGCUGCAUAUCAACACCAAUCGCCGUUCAUAGUUGUUUGGCCUUCGUACGGCUUUACUGGUUUGAACGUUACUUUGAUGGUAUUAGAGACUCUUCAAGACGGAAUUUCAAGAUGAGAAGAACAAAGACAAUUUUAGAAAGGGAACUAACUGCAAGGACCAUGACCAAGAAUAGAACGGGUACUCAAAGAAUGUCUUAUCCAACGAAGCAAGAUAAAACAGAUGAUUUCCAAGAAAAGUUAUUUAGUGGGGAAAUGGUUAAUAGAGAUGAGCAGGACUCAGUUCACAGUAGCCAAAACUCACAUGAUGUUAGUAAUGAUAGCAACAAUAAUAGUACGAAUCACAAUGGUAGUAGUGGUAGUUUAGAUGAUUUUGUUAAAGAAGACGAAACGGAUGAGAAUGGAGAACAUUUGGAAAACAACUCAUACUCAACUGUUGGUAGUUCUUCUAAUACAGUUGCAGACGAAAGUAUAACCCAGAAGCCCAAGAUAAGUUGCCUUCGAUUCGAUGAAUCACAAAAUAGAAGAAAACAGACGAGAGUACCCUCAGAAAAAUUCGCUAAAAGAAGAGGUUCAAGAGAUAUUAGUCCAGCAGAUAUGUAUCGAUCUAUUAUGAUGCUACAAGGUAAGCAUGAGGGAACUGCUGAAGAUGACGGUCCGCCUCUAGUCAUUGGGUCUCCCACGGAAAGUACAAGAAAUAUAAGUAAUGUUGGUAAACUAAAGAUGGCUACGGCAAUAGACAGUAGUACAAUCAAAAUUCAAGAUAAAGGGAACGAUAGCGAUACUGGCCAAAAUUACGCACCAAGUGGUUCAAAUACUUCCACGAGCGUUUCGGACGAAGGUUCGUUGCCUACAAAUUUUGAUAGUAGGGUACCUUCGUUAAGGACCACUACACGUAGAUCAAAUUCAGGCCCAAUAGCCAUUACUGAUAAUGGGGAAAUGGAUAAAAAACAUGGUCCAUCAAUUCAAUUUGAUAUAACCAAACCUCCUAGAAGAGUUCCGAAAAGAGUUUCCACUAUGGAUGAUUUUAACUUAAGGUCUUAUAUUCCUCAUAAAAAAAAAUCGAAAAAGUACAUCAUGAAACAUUUUCCCAAGGCUCGGCGAAUACGGCAACAAAUCAAGAGAAGACUUUCUACCGGUUCGAUUGAUAAGAACGGAAGCGGUAAUAUUUCUGAUAGAAAACCUAUUUCUGAGUUGGAUAAUGAUGACAACGAUGGUGAUAAUAAUGAAGAAUACUUUGCCGAUAACGAGAGCGGUGAUGAGGAUGAGCGAGUGCAGCAGUCUGAACCACAGUCUGAUUCUGAACUCAAAUCGCAUCAACAACAACAGGAACAGGAACAGCACCAGGAACAACACCAAUUUCAGCAGCACCUGCACCGCAUGUACCAGACAAAAUCAUUUGAUGAUAAUCGUUCGAGAGCGGUCCCCAUGCAACGUUCCAGGACUAUUGAUAUGGCUGAGUCAAAAGAUUUAAAUGAACUUGCAAGAACUCCUGAUUUUCAAAGAAUGGUUUAUGAAAAUUGGAAAGCCAAUCAUAAAAAAAAACCAAAUUUCAGGAAGAGGGGAUGGAACAGCAAGAUGUUUGAGCAUGGUGCUUAUGCAUCUGAUAGUGACCACAACUACCCUGAGAAUGGUAAUACUGGAAAUAGUAUAUUUCACUACGCAGAAUCCAUUUUACAUCACGAUGGCCCUCAUAGAAAUGAAAGCGAAGAUGUAUCAUCAGAAUCUAAUGAAAAUACUUAUCCCGCGAAUGGAAGAAAUGACCACAAUGAUUUCAAUGGUUAUCCCACCUAUAAUGACGAUGAAGAAGGCUAUUAUGGUUUACAUUUUGAUACCGAUUAUAACAUGGAUCCUCAUCAUGAUUUAUCCAAGGGCACUAGUAAAACAUACUUAUCAUGGCAACCAACGAUCGGACGUAAUUCUAACUUUCUUGGAUUAACAAGAGCCCAGAAGGACGAAUUAGGUGGUGUUGAGUAUAGAGCCAUCAAAUUGUUAUGCACCAUAUUAAUUGUUUAUUAUAUCGGAUGGCACAUUGUUGCUUUCGUUAUGUUAGUACCUUGGAUUGUCCUAAAAAAACAUUAUAAUGAGAUUGUUAAAAGCGAUGGUGUCUCUCCUACAUGGUGGGGAUUCUGGACGGCAAUGAGUGCGUUUAAUGAUUUAGGUUUGACGUUAACUCCAGAUUCAAUGAUGUCAUUCAACAAAGCUGUGUACCCAUUGAUUGUUAUGAUUUGGUUCAUUAUUAUUGGAAACACCGGGUUUCCUAUCCUUCUUAGAUGCAUUAUUUGGGUGAUGUUUAAACUGUCCCCUGAUUUAUCACAAGUGAGAGAGAGCUUGGGGUUUCUCUUAGAUCACCCACGUCGUUGUUUCACACUGUUAUUUCCUAAGGCAGCCACCUGGUGGCUACUUUUAACACUUGCAGGACUGAAUAUAACUGAUUGGAUUUUAUUUAUUAUUCUAGACUUUAGCUCCGCCGUCGUCAAAUCAUUAUCAAAAGGUUAUAGAGUCCUCGUAGGGUUGUUUCAAUCUGUUAGCACAAGAACUGCCGGGUUCAGUGUUGUUGAUUUGAGUCAGCUACACCCCUCUAUCCAAGUCUCUUAUAUGCUUAUGAUGUAUGUUUCUGUGCUACCAUUAGCUAUUUCUAUUAGACGGACGAAUGUUUACGAGGAGCAAUCUUUAGGGCUAUAUGGAGAUAUGGGGGCGAAACCAGAAGAUACUGAUACUGAAGAUGAUGAGGACGAUGAAGAAGACGAUGAGGAGGAAGACAAGAACCAUGAAGGUCAAAGUAGUGAAAGAAAUAAAUCAAACAAUAGGAAAAGAAGAAAAAAGAAGACUAAAAACUCCAAUGAAAUAUCUACCAAGUCCUUCAUAGGUGCGCAUUUAAGAAAACAACUUUCUUUCGAUUUGUGGUUUUUGUUUUUAGGUUUAUUUAUCAUCUGCAUUUGUGAAGGAGACAAGAUAAAGGACGUACAACAACCAAACUUUAACGUAUUUGCAAUUCUUUUCGAAAUUGUUAGUGCUUAUGGUACAGUCGGUCUAUCAUUAGGUUAUCCGAACACCGACCAGUCAUUUUCAAGACAACUUACUACUUUAUCUAAGCUGGUCAUCAUCGCGAUGCUAAUUAGAGGUAAAAACAGAGGUCUACCAUAUUCUUUGGAUCGUGCAAUUAUUUUGCCUAGUGAUAGACUUGAGCAUAUUGACCGUCUUGAGGGCAUGAAGUUAAAGAGACAGACCAGGUCCAAUACAGAAGAUCCAAUGACAGAGCAUUUCAAGAGAAGUUUCACCGACGUGAAACAUCGUUGGGGAGUACUUAAGCGUAAGACCACCCAUUCCCGUAACUCAAAAAGGAACAGCACAAUAGUUUAG